AUGAUGAGCUGUCCAUUCUCUGGCAAUGCCUCUGCUGGUACGAAGUGUCCUAUCACUGGUGCGUCGUCCACAACUGAAGCUACAAACGAUUCCUCUAUUGAUGCUUGUCCAGUUAUCCAUGCAGUAAAUGAAGAAGAAGUGCAACAAGUCAAACAAGAAAAGAAAGAAUAUGCUUCCGAAGAAGCACAACAAGAAGAGCAAGAUGUAACAGAAGAUGCUACAGACCAUUCUGUAACAAAAGCAUUGGAGGCACUGAUGAAAGAAUCGGACGAAAAAUCCGAAAUACCAAGUAUAGCAGAGUAUCAAAAACUGAGAAGAACAACAGCCAUCAUAACCGGAUUUUAUGCCAAAGGAACUGAAGCAAAGAGAGAACAAUAUGAAAAUGUGAAAGAAAGUCUCUCGCGUUUGUACGGUGAUGAAGAACAAUGCAAAGCUCAGAUUGCUGCUCUUCAAAAAUAUGAAAAGUUUAAAGGUCACCUCAAGUAUAAGGAAUAUAUGGAGAAUUAUCAAGACGAAUUGAGUAAUUUACAAGCUCAAAAGACAAAGCUCGAAGAAACUGCCAAACAUUAUUACGACUUGCAUAUUUGGUCACAAGAAAUUGUCAAGAUUUGUGAAUGGCUUGAACAACAUUUGGACUAUUAUGCUUAUAAAACAAUUCCUGAGUUACCAAUUGACAAAAUCUUUAAAGGAGUGACUCCUCAAGCACCUCCAGAACUUAACGAUGAGGAAAAAUUCAAGUAUAGUAAGGGGUUAGAUGAAAUUUGUCAUAAUCUGAACGAAAGUAGAGAUUUCUUUGAGGCCUCUGUAGAUGGUAGACUUAAUCGUUAUCAAGAAAUUGAGCGUGAAAUCAUUUUAUGCCAAUUAGAAUCUCUAGCUCAAUCACCUGCGGAAAACAACCCUCGCCGUGAAUAUAUCGAAUCCGAGUUGAGACAAGACUUGGCUCAUGUUGAGUCUCAACUUAAGGAUAGCGAACGUCCAGAAACUCAAAAGAGAAGACAGUUCAUGUUGAAAAUGCACAAGGAAUUUAUUGACGUGUUGAGCUUCUUUAGAGAGACUCUUGGUGUUUUGAAUGACAGCAACGUGCCUAAAAAAUAUGAUGAAAGAUACACCAGCAAAUUCACUCUUCCUGCCGAUGAAUAA